GCUUCUUCUCUACCUCUUCAACCCCUUUUGAUUUCUUGGUAAAUUUCUUCCCCAGAAGAACGCAGUCGAAAUCCAUCGCCUUGCUUCUUGGUCCUGUGUUUUUUGGCCUCUCCCUAGAGCACCCGUUUCUUCCCAACUCAGCCUCAAGCAUUUGAAUCACGCGAUCCAAGAUCUCUCGCUCUUCUGAGUACCAAGUUGAAUUUUUUUUUUUUAAAUAGCUUGGAGAUCUGAAGAAUUGGUCCGAGUUUUAGCUCGGUUUGAUCGUCUGGGUCGGGCUAGAUUUCUCUCAUGGGUUGGAGAUACAGGGCUGGUUUGUUUCUUAUAGCUGCGGUUGUAAUCAUCUGGGUUACCUCUGCUGAAGUCACCCAGGGUAUUUUUACAGAUUACAAGCAGCCAUUUGCAGUGACGUAUCUUGGAGCUUCUCUUAUGGUAGUUUACCUCCCAAUAGCAUUUCUCAAGGACUGGAUAUGUAAAUUACUUAAACAGCGCAAUUCGAAAGGUGGCAAACAUGCAGAAAGCACAAAUGAAGCUUCUGCUGGAUUUAGUUCUCCUCUAAAAUACAUUGGUGCACAGAACGUGUUUGAAAUUGAAUCUGCUUUGACCAGAAAAGAUAGUGAAGCUGACAUCUCACCUAAUGGAGAAACAAGUCCAUUGGUAUCUAAACGAAAAGAUGAUAGGAAAAGGGAGCUAACAACGAGGGAGAUUGCUAUCUAUGGAUGUUACAUUGCCCCUAUCUGGUUUGUAACAGAGUAUUUAUCAAAUGCGGCCCUCGCAAGAACAAGUGUAGCUAGUACGACCGUAUUAUCAUCCACUUCAGGUCUUUUCACUCUGUUCAUCGGCGUCCUUUUGGGCCAAGAUUCUUUAAAUGUAUCAAAAGUUGUAGCAGUCUUCGUCAGCAUGGCUGGUGUUGCCAUGACAACUCUUGGGAAAACUUGGGCAGCUGACGACUCCAAAUUUAACACUUCUUCAAAUGGGAAACGAUCUCUUGUUGGGGAUCUCUUUGGCUUGCUUUCAGCUAUGUCGUAUGGGCUAUUCACAGUACUUCUCAAGAAGUUUGCUGGUGAAGAAGGGGAGGGAGUUGAUGUGCAGAAGUUGUUUGGAUACAUUGGAUUGUUUACACUUGUAGCUCUAUGGUGGCUUGUAUUGCCAUUGACAGCAUUGGGGAUAGAGCCUGAGUUCACAAUUCCUCAUUCUGUAAAAAUGGAUGAAGUUGUUCUUGCCAAUGGCUUUAUUGGAAGUGUCCUUUCCGACUAUUUCUGGGCAUUAUGUGUUGUAUGGACCACACCAUUAGUGGCUACUCUAGGGAUGUCUCUCACCAUACCACUUGCAAUGUUGGCUGACAUGGUGAUCCAUGGUCGUCAUUAUUCCGCAAUUUACAUCCUCGGCUCAACUCAGGUAUUCGUAGGAUUUGUGAUAGCAAAUCUUUCAGACUGGUUCUCAAAGAAGUUGGGUUUGUAGCACAAUGAUUCAUGGAUUAUGUGGAUGGUACUGUCCAUUUAGCUCUUACCAGUGCACUAAUCAUGCACUUGGCGUCGUUUUGAGGAUACCUAUAGACAUGCAGGCUUAAAUGGGAGGUAAAGUAGGUUGUGAUUAUGUUUGUCAUUGAUAUGUAAAUGGGAUAAGUGUAAGUUUGUGUCCCCAUAUCUGGUUUGGGUAUUGAGCCCUGGAUGUAAUAAACCUCUCCCUCCUCCCCCCUCCUCUCUCUCUCUCGCUCUACACACACAAGAAAUUCUUUGGUUUCUUUAAUUGAUGCAGACAAUCUCAAUUUGCAAAUUACUGUUUUCAA